AUGGCUGGUGUUGAUACCAGCGAGAUCCGCCAAUGGCGGUCCAUCGUUACACUGGUCGUCUUCAUAAUCGCUAAUAUCCUUGUCCUCUGGCCAUUUCACAUCCCUGUCUACAUCCCAAAAUCCCUCGUCGACAUCACAUGGCGAUGUUUUGUACAUUUCCGCAUCAUACCAGCGAGUACGCAUCGUGCUAUUCUCACCGACAAAACUCGUUGCUCCAAGAAUUUCGUGCGCUUCAACUUUCCCGUCAAUCUAAUCACUGCGCCUUUGAUAGCCGAUUUAUUCCUACUAGCUAUCUCAGCAAUUGGGCGAAAGGAAGUUCAUGAUGGAACUGUCGGUGCUAAUCAUAUUCAUCCUCUCGAUAUCAUGGCCUUCUUCAUCACACUGGCCUACAUCGCUAUUUCAAUCGACGCAUCAGGUAUCAUUCGCUGGUUAGCCUUCAAAGUCUUGAGCUGGGGUGGAAAAGUUGGCCACAGGCUCUUCUUCUAUCUCUACGCCUUUUUCUUCCUGCUGGGAAGCUUUAUCGGAAAUGAUCCCAUCAUUCUCUCCGGCACAGCUUUCCUAGCGUACAUGACGCGCGUUUCCAAGAACAUUACUAGCCCGAGAGCUUGGAUCUUUACGCAAUUCGCCAUCGCUAAUAUAGCAUCCGCUAUUCUUGUUUCGUCAAACCCUACCAACCUUGUCCUCGCUGGCGCGUUCGAUAUCAAGUUUAUCGUUUACACGGCUAAUAUGAUUGUCCCCGUCGUUGUCACAGCAGUGGUCCUCUUCCCAUUUCUACUUUAUGUGGUAUUCGCCGACGAAAAGCUCAUUCCGUCUGAGAUCGAAAUGCAUACCCUGCCUGCAGCGGCGCGAGAAAAGGAGCCUGUUAACCCUAACAUUCCUUACGUCCAACAUCAAGCCGAAGAAGCAGCAGAAGGAAGACAAGGACAAGAGAUGACCCUUUCACUGGAAUACAUCAUGAAUCCUUUCCUUGAUCGCAAAGGUGCUGCGUUCGGCGCUUUGAUCAUGUCUGCGACGCUCAUCACAGUCUUGGCGAUAAACGCGGCCAGUACAGGCAAAACGGGCGAGACCCCGGUAUUUUGGGUUACCGUGCCGGCUGCGUUUGUCAUGUUUUGCUGGGACUUGGGGUCUGGCUGGAUUCAUCGACAUGAGACGAGGCAGACGGCCAAGGUUUAUCGGGAAGAGAUGGAGAAUGCGAGGGCUGAUAGGACCUUGGUUUCCCAUGAUGAGUCCGAGCCGAAGCUGGAUACUACAUCUGGUUCAUCUGAUAUCCACCCGCCCAUGGCACCUACACACGAGGGGCAGACCCAGGACAUCGCGCUGGAUGAUCUGCCAGAAACCAACGAAGCCAACAACUCUCAAUUCGCCAACCCAAAAAUUGUCGUAUCAAACACCGCAGGGAACAGCCCCGUCAUGAUCUCUGGCUCGUCACCUCAGUCACCUCUCCAAGCCGCCAAUCCCGACACUCUCCACGCCGAAACAAUGCCGACAUUACCUUCUGCUCAGAUGGAACCAGAAAAACUCGAAGCCGGUGACACGACCCGAGUGCCAGCCGAUAAACCGAACCUUGUAUCAAAGUCAAGAGAAGCAUACGAGUGGCUCCAGGAAACCUUCCCUACCGUCAUGGCUGUGGCAGCGCAUCUCCCCUUCGCAUUGGUCCCUUUCGCGUUCGCCAUGUUUGUUCUUGUGCAAGCACUUGUUAGUACAGGUUGGGUUAAUGUAUUUGCCUGGGGUUGGUAUCACUGGUCCAAGAGGACCGGAACAAUUGGAAGUAUUGGUGGAAUGGGGUUCCUUUCAGUCGUCCUGUCCAACUUCUCUGGUACAAACAUCGGUACCACGAUUCUACUGUCACGCAUCAUUCAAGCCUGGAAAGAAAUAAACUGCCAGGUCGACGCCAAUCUCAUCACAGAUCGAACAUACUGGGCGACGAUUUACGGCAUGGCUCUCGGUGUGAAUUAUGGCGCUUUCAGCACGGCAUUUAGUGCAUCGGACAGUGAAAUGUGUGUCGGGAAGGCCGAUGGUUGCUCAGGUGAUGAAAAGAAAGCCACUGACACGUGUCGAGGUUAG